AUGGUUGUUGAUACUACAUAUUAUGAUAUCUUACAAGUUGACUCAUCUGCAACUGAAAUCGAAUUAAAAAAAGCAUAUCGUAAACAAGCUAUCAAAUUACAUCCUGAUAAAAAUGGUAAUGAUCCAAAAGCUGCGGAAAAAUUUCAAGAAUUAGGUGAAGCUUAUCAAAUUUUACAAAAUCCAGAUACUAGAAAAAUUUAUGAUGAAUUAGGAGUAGAAGGAAUGAAGGAAAAAAAUCAAGGUGUUGAAGUUGAUAUUAAUCUUGAAGAAUGUUUCCAAAUGAUUUUUGGAGGUACUGGUUUUAAAGAUUGGAUUGGUGAAUUAGGUAUGUUUAAUGAUUUGACUAAAUCUGCUGAAAUUUUGGGUGAUGAAGAUGAAUUUGAUGAUGUUACAUUAACAUCUAGUUCUGCUUGUAGUGGAAGUACAAGUCCAAAUAAUACAAAAUCAGAUUCUACAAUGGAUUCAAUUCAUACAAAAACUCAAACAUUAAGUAUACAUGAAUCAAAUAAAAAUAAUACCGUCUCACAUGGUCAAUUAACAUCGGAAGAUAUCAAGAGAAAGAAGAAACAAAAAUUAACCAAAGAACAAAGAGAUGAAUUAAUGAAAAUUCAAGAAGAAAGUAGACUUGCAAAACAAAAAAGAAUUGAUGAAUUAUCUGAAAUUUUGGUAAACAAGUUGGAAUCAUAUAUUUUAGCAUCAAAGAAUAAAGAAAGUUUACAACAUUUUGUUUCUAAAUUACAUCAAGAACUUGAUGAUAUGAAGAUUGAAAGUUUUGGUAUUCAAUUAUUACAUUUAAUUGGUAAAAUAUAUACAAAUCAAUCUCAUGCAACAAUAUCAUCAACUAAAACAUUUGGUGUUUCUAAAAUUUAUACAUCAAUGAAAUCAUCAACUGAGACGAUGAAAAAUGGUUAUUCAAUAUUGAAAACUGCAUUAGAUGCACAAGAUGCAAUGGAGAAAUCAUUGAAAGAACAAGAAGAAUUUAUGUUAAAAAAGGAAAUGGGUUAUGAACCAACCCAAGAAGAAACUGUUAAACAAAUGGAAAGGGAAAAAUUUGUAAUUGGGAAAUUUUUAGCUACUGCUUGGUCAUUAAUUAAAUUUGAAAUAACAAAUGUAUUAAAUAAAGUAUGUCAUAAAGUAUUGAAUGAUAAAUCAUUACACAAGAAAGAAAGAAUAGCAAGAGCCAAUGCAUUAUUAUUCAUUGGUAAAGAAAUGUCAAGAAUUGAAAGAAGUGAAGAACAAGAAGAAGAAGCUAGGAUAUUUGAAGAAAUGAUGGCAGAUGCACAAGUUAAAAAAUCAUCAAAGGCAUCAAAGAAGAAUUCAAAUGAUCAUAAUGAUAUGUUUGGAUUAUUUGGUAAGAAAUAG